GUUCAACCGUCGUGCCGUGUCGCUCCGACUCGCCGUGCCGCGUCGCGCACGCUCGAUCGACUUUCGCUUACAUACCGUGCCGUUUUCUUACAAAAAAAAUGAGCUAAUUUCCAAUUUCCGCGUGCAAUAACAAUUAACUGUUUAAUUAAUUCAUGUUUAGUAUAAGAAAAUUAUGAUUGAACGAUGUGUCGGACGGAAUGAUACAGUGUUAGAAUUAGGACUGGGGUACUGAGUGUUGAUGGAUGUGGAGGGGUGGGGCUCCAGGAUGGUCGCGGAGGAGGGCAAGACCCGGGCCACGGACUUUUCCAUCGCGGCCAUCAUGGCUCGCAGCGCGGAGCAGAGGCGAAGCCCCGUCGCCAGCUCGCCGCCAUUCCUCGGUCCAUCAUCGCGGCAGAGUUCGCCGGCGUCGCUCAGUUCGCCGGCGUCCAGCUGCCGAUCACCCGUACCCGACGAGGAUGUGGAGGUGGACGUGGAGCAGUGCUCGGACGGCGAGCGGGACGCGUCGGACGCGGCCGCCCCUUCCCCCGCGCCUUCGUCAGAAUUAGGCGAAAGGGACACGCCCUCUCCCGCGCGCCCGCUGCCGCCCCCCGCGACCUCCUGCAACUGUGAGGAACUUUUGUCGGUCGACUGUCAGCUGGAGACCAAAGAACUAUGGGAUAAGUUCCACGAUUUGGGCACUGAAAUGAUCAUCACUAAGACCGGGAGACGCAUGUUCCCGACGGUGCGCGUCUCGUUCGCCGGCUGCCGGUCGGAGGCGCGCUACGCGGUGCUGCUGGACGUGGUGCCGGUGGACGGCAAGCGCUACCGCUACGCCUACCACCGCUCCUCGUGGCUGGUGGCGGGCAAGGCGGACCCGCCCGCGCCCGCGCGCCUCUACCCGCACCCCGACUCGCCCUUCUCCGGAGACCAGCUGCGCAAGCAGGUCGUGUCCUUCGAGAAGGUCAAGCUCACCAACAACGAGAUGGACAAGAAUGGACAGAUAGUCCUAAACUCGAUGCACCGGUACCAGCCGCGCAUACACCUAGUGAAGGUCCGGGACGGCGGCGGCCCUAUCACCGACCUCUCCCGGGAACAGCACCGAACGUUCAUUUUCCCGGAGACAGUCUUCACUGCGGUCACGGCCUACCAGAACCAGCUCAUCACCAAACUGAAGAUCGAUUCCAAUCCAUUCGCGAAAGGAUUCCGGGAUUCCUCAAGGCUGACUGACUUUGACAGAGAUCCCAUGGAGUUGAUGCUAAUGGAGCAGCAGUUACUUCGCUCUCCGUUACGGCUGUACUCGGGGGCGAGCAGCACUAUUGAGGAAGAAGCAGAGAAACGGGCGGUCUGGGCCAGGACCCCGCCGGCCUUGCAGCUUCUAGCGCUCGGAGGCCGGGCCUGGCCUUCCGCUUGGCCGCAACCCCUGGGGCUUCCACCAGACCUCUGGUUACAAAAGCCCCCUGCGCCAGUUCGGUACUGCCCGUACCCCCCGCCCGCGCACCCUUCCGCCCCCAGACCGGACCAUUCGCCCUCACCGCGACACCCUAUGUAAAAUAUGCACUCGUUCCCAACCUUCAGCAAUUCCUAUAGAAAGUGGCAAAGACUAAUAAAUUGAACUUAAAUAGUGCUGUGAAAAAGUUUUAAAACCUAUGAAAGACUAGAAAAUUAAAUAAGUGAAUAAAUGUACCUAUUAAAUAUAAGACAUAAUUGUGUAAUUCGGUCUCUAUAACAAUAUACGUUUGUAAUUUGAAGGUUCCUACCCGAAUAUUAAUAUUAAAUUGUAUAGUUAGAUCAAUUUAGGAUACAAUUACCUGUAUAGUGUUUCCUAAUUCUCUGCAUUUCUUUGUUUUGAACAUUCUUAUAAUAAUUAUGAUAACGUGUACAGUAAAAUUGACAGAUUAUUAAAUUAUUAAAUAAAUGAGUAACCAAAGAUUCUGUUCUGUUCUGUGAAAAUAUUUAAAUUGUUGAUAAAAUUAAAAUUCAAUAAAUAAAAUUUACUUUAAAAAAUAUCAUUGACAUUCCAAAGUAGACAAACCCAUCUAAAUCUAAUAUCUCUUUUGAAAACAUAAUAAUAAAAGACAUCGACACCUUCCAGUUAAACUUAUUUUAGUAACUACAUGUGUGAUGCUAAAUAACUAUUUAGUCUUUAAAGUUAGGUAUGUUUACGUGUAUAAAUGUGUUUAAAGUGUAUUUUUUUUCCUCUGACAAACAUCGAUCGAGGUUGGUAAACUGUCGAUCCUUGCCAACCUCGACAUUUUAAUUAAUAAAAAAAGAAACAUUUUUUGUUAUGAAUAAUUAAUUGAAUAUGCAUAUAAAUAAUUCUAUCAAAACUUUGGAAAACAGUGAUAUAAUCGUUCUAUUGACAGUGUGUGUAUCUGUAUAUUUUAGAAUAGUUAUUUAUAUUCCAUUUAACAUAAGGUAAAUAAAUUAUCUUUAUAAAUUAUAAUUAUUGAAUAUUUUAUAAGGAUUGGUAACAAAUCAUUCAUAGUUCACACCAAAUGUAUUUAGUGUAUUUAGUAUAUUCUUAUUGCAAGGAUAAAUAUAAUUAUUAUUUACUUGCAACUAAAUAUAAUUAUUAUUUAUGUAAGUGUUAGUAUCCAUAUCACAUUGCUUGAAUUUUAAUUAAUUAUAAAUUUAAAUUCAUUUUAAUAUUUGGUUAUCUUAUGUAUUCAAACCAAUAAAGUUUUUAACGAUUCCAUAGUUUAUGUUUAAUGUAAAUAAAUGAUGGGCCUUGUUUAUUGAACACUCAUUGGUUUUGGCGAGGUUUGUUACAGAAAUAGAAUUCCGAAAUGUGUAAAAAUUAUAAAAUAUUCAAUAUUAAAUUUUAAACUGAAAAACUAUAGUGUAGUAGUCAAGGGUAACUUUGCUUUUCAAUGCAUAUUUGGAAAUAAUAAUUAUGAAAAAGUACGGUAGUAUUUUCAAAUUAUUUUACGUAUUCGUAUUUGUGCGUAGAUAAUCCAAAAAUACUGAUUUAGGGUUAUAACUAAUAAUAAAAAUGUAUUGUUACUUUGCUAGAAACACAUCAAAAUGUCUUAAAUAUUAUUGUUUAAUAAAAAAUAUAAUGACUGGUUUAGUCGAUAUUUGUGAUUAAAUUUCCUUAUUCUCAAAGAAUAAAACAAAAUAGAUGCCAAGGCCCUCUGUCCAUUAAAAAGCAAAAUUAUCCAUAUAUGCAUCCUUUAAUGUAACAUGUUAUAAAUUGAUUGUUAUAUGACAAGCUCACAUUAUUUAACAUUCCUAUAUAACAUUGUAUAUAAAGAUAUAACAAAUUUAUCCAUUUUAAAAUAUAAACAUUAUUUAUAACAUGUUAUAUUAUAUAUGCUGUAUAUUACAUGUUAUAUACAGUGUAUAUUUUACUUGACUACUACAAAAUUAUAUAGAAAUUGUAUGUAUUGUAUAGUGGUUGAUUAAAUUAUUUUUGUAGAUUAAGCACUGUAUAUAGGGGUCACAUAGUUGUUUGUAAUGGGUAAAGAUUUUUUUUUUGAAAAAGUAAUCUGUAGAAGAAAAAUGUGUCAACUGCUCACAUACUUUGCCUUCUUUUAAUUUAUAUUAUUAAAGUUAAUAAGAGAUAAAAUAAGAUACUAAAAUUUUGCGAUUUUAAGGCUGCCUUUGCGAUUAAAAAGGCUUGCGUGUUAUGCAUUUUUCUUGUGAUUGUUACUUGUCUGUCCUAUGUUUUUUUGUAAAUCAAAGGGUUUCUUGUCUUAAUAAAGAGUAAUAAAAUGAAUUUAACAGUGAUAAUAAGUCUAUUUAGAGCCGCUGCAAAGAGACUAUCUAAAAUUCUAAAUACAGUAUUACUAUAAUAGUAUGUAAUCAACAUUCUACUGUACAACAGUGUAAUAAUUAUAGUCACAAUAGCCAAAAUAAUUAUUUAUAUAUUUUUCCAACAUGCUCGUAAUAUGACAUUAAAAUUGUAAUAUUAAUUCAAACCUGAACAUCUGCCUGUUAAAAGCGUUAAAUUCUAAACAAUAAUAAAUUUUAGGAAGAUUAUAUAACUAAUAUAAAUAGGAGCAAUAUAUCCUUUUCUUUCCGUUAGCACAACAGAAACGCAUUUUUAAAUUAUUCGAAACCCAUUUAUCAAAAAUGUGUUUAUGUGUGUUGACUAAAGUAACGUCAGAACAGAAAAAAGGCAUUGUUAAAUUAUGAUCGAAACCAGCAAGAAACCGUUGUUUAUGAACCAAUUCCAGACAGAUCAUUUAUGAACAUGUUUCUGUUUUGCUGACGCUCCUUCAGUUUCACACGCAAAUGCGCCUCUGUGUACGCCUUACAUACCUACAAUAACAAAGCAAACCCCCCAUCCUAAAGUACGCAAGAUAUAUCAUAUCUUUUAUGCAGAAUUUACUGUACAAGAAACAAAACACUCGAGAAGUUUUAGUGUCCAGAUUUGACAUGUCUCUCAAUGUUUGUUGCGCCGUGAUUCUUCAUUGUACCUCUGAGAUUCUUCAUUGUACCUAACAGUUCAUUUAUAAAAUUUUAGCUUCAGCAAUAUAUUAUGUAAAAUGGUCUCUGCUUUGCGCUUAUUCUGACUCUCGUCGUACAUGAUGACAAAAAAAAACAAUUUAGUCAAAAAAUUUAGGUAUAAUAAAUACAUCUAAAUACCCAACUGCAGUUAUAGUUUAUUAUUUAGAGCUAUAAUUAUAUUAUAUUGAUCAGUGUUUAUUUAUUAUUUAUUAUUAUGAGAUUGAUCUACUUAAUAUUAUUAUGAGAGUGGCUUUAGUAGUUAAAUGUACAGACAGGCGUUAAACAGGCGUGAAACUGUAAGCGCCAUCACUGCAGAAACCAUAUAUAUAUUAUUAAGUUAUCAUCAACCAGAGAGACGAUGCUAAAAAUGUUUUUUUAGUGAACCGGAAUCGACGUCAUUCUCUUUCUGUAUCACUCAAAAUAAUUUAACAAUCCGUUUCUGCUGUGCGGACGUUCCUUGAGCUUACACAAACAUGCUUACAACUGUACCUACUACCAAAGUAAUAAUCCUAGAACAGAUCAUCUUUAUCGUGUGUCAUCCCUUACGAGUACAAGUAUGAAGAGGAGAAGACAUGUAUAGAAGACAUUUAUGUGAACCUUUAUUGUAGCUACUAAAUUAAUUAUUAUUAUUUGUUUAUUUAAGAGAUUUUAAAUUUGGCAAAGAUGUGAGCAGUUUGCAUAUGUAGUGACACAUAUCAGGGUUGAGGCCCUACGUGUUAAUAAACUAAAAGAAUACAA